AUGAGAUUCGACGAUAAUUAUUAUGGUCGUUGGGAAAACCAUUCGGAAUGCAAAUGUACAUUCGGUAAAAAAGUAGUCGUUCAUAUCCGCUGGAUCGAAGUGCCCAUGAUCGAUGGUGCUACCGAAGGUUGGCUUAAUUUUGGUCGAACAGUUAUUCGUUUGGCCACUGCAGGUAUAUCCGAAUUAAUGACCGGUUCGAAUGGUAAUCUAACGCAUGAAGCCAUUGAAUGUCAAUACCAUUGUUCGGAAUGUGGCUGCACCGGUUAUUACACAUUCGAUUAUUCCAAUACAGGUAGGGCUUGA